GAAACCUGCCUCGCCGCUCAGCGAGCGAUGCCAGAAGGAGCAAAGUGCAGUUCUCCGAUCAGUGCACAGCCCUGACGAAGCCACCUUGGGGUUUGAAACCAGACGCGACCCUCUCCAGGACAGUUCUCCAAAUCCAUGGCCUGAGAGCUGGACGAGGUUGUGCUGGUGGUGGGGGGAGGUGCGGUGUUGUGUAUGUAACAGUGUCUCUGCUCUACGGGUUUUUAUCGAGGGCUGUGGGGUAGACCUCCCUCGCUGACCAGCAGACGGACUGCCACUCGGAAAGGUGACCCAGAAGAAGGAGGGGGAGGAGGAGGAAGAUGAAGUGUGGGCUCUGGAUGGUGUUUCUCCUGGGGUUGCUGUGCUUCUGGAUUGACCCAGAGUGGGGGUGCAGUGCUCAGGGAGAGGGAGCGGGAACCGGAGGAGAGCCGAGGAGCCGGGAUGCCAGGGCCAUCCUGGAAGCGGUGACUGAGCAGAGGUACUACCUGAGCCGGCUAUUCGGCCACUACGGGCAGGGCGGCAGGAUCUCUUCUGAGGGUCUCCACAGGCUCUUGGAGAGCCUGGGCCUAGGCCAGGUCCAGGUGGUGGAGAUCGAACAUGAGGAGCUGGGCCACGCCCAUGUGUCUCACCUGGACGCCCUAGAGCUCCAGGAACGCAAGCAUGUCCACAGUCACACCACACAGGACCACCUGUCCAUGCUGGCUGGGCAGUCCGAGGACACGACCAGGCCAGACAGAGGUGCCCAGGGAGCGAGAGCCAUCACAGCGUCCAGCCCCAGAUCCUCCAGAUGGACGAGGGACGGGAGGACAGAGACGCCUGUAGCCCGAAGGGAUUCCCCGGGAGACCCCCAGGGGAAUGUCCAGGGUGGGGGGAGGCCGCAGCGAAGGAGGAGCAUGUGGGGACACCGAAUACAGAGAUCACCGCAAGACCAGCCCCUCCCUGUCACGUCCCACGGGCUCACCAUUGAAGAGCGGGUCCUGAACCAUUCCAAGUAUAAUCACCUCCGUGAAAACUGUCUGAACGUAACUCAGCUCCUGGUCAACUUUGGGAUGAGCAAUACGCGCGGGAUCACACCGAAACAGUUCACCUACAUCUGCCCAGCCUUACUCUAUCAGAUAGACAGCCGGGUCUGUAUCCAGCACCAUGACUCGCUGGAGAUCCAGCCACAGGAGGUUACACAAAUGUACGUCUGGCUCAGUGGGUUCAUCGCCAUUACCCUGAUCAGCGUGACAUCGCUGUUGGCCGUGGCUAUCAUUCCAUUGCUCAGUCGCUCCUUUUCCAAGAUCCUGCUCCGGUUCCUGGUCACUCUAGCAAUCGGCACACUGUCUGCAGACGCCCUGCUCCACCUCAUUCCUCAUAGCAGGCAGCUACAGCAGCCAGAGGAACACUCGGAGGCAGCAGAGAAGGACUCUAUCUGGAAGGGGCUGUCUGUGCUUGGAGGAAUCUACAUCCUCUUCAUCAUCGAGACCCUCCUGGGCCUGUUCAGGAACUGCAGAGGAGGGAAG